UUUGGGGCGGCCGCCGCCGGUGGGCCGCAGAUGAGGAGGAGGCGGCGGCCGCGGUGGCAGAAAAGGCGGCGGCGGCGGGGGUAGGGAGCCUGGAAACGCAAGCGGGGAUGGUAGGUGGUUUGGACCCGCCGGGCCGCCGUCGUUUCCAGACAGGGUUUGACUGGAGGAACCUCUGGAGCAGCUGUCUCAGUGUGGGUUGGUCUCCACUGUGGAUCAGCUCAGCAGUCAAGAAUUGGCUGGCUCCUCUAACUGAUGGCAUGUUGAAGUACAUGGGCCAGCAGCAGCGAGGGCAUCUGAUCCAGAGGGGGCCACUCUAGAGGCCAGGCCACCACCACCAUGGGCCAGUGUGUCACCAAGUGCAAGAAUCCUUCAUCAACCUUGGGCAGCAAGAAUGGAGACCGGGACCCCAGCAGCAAGUCACACAGCAGGCGGGGAGCUGGCCACCGUGAGGAACAGGUGCCACCUUGUGGCAAACCAGCUGGGGAUAUCCUUGUCAAUGGGACCAAGAAAGCAGAGGCUACCACUGAAGCUUGCCAGCUGCCAACAUCUUCUGGAGAUGCUGGGAGGGAGUCCAAGGCCAAUGCUGAGGAGUCUUCCUUGCAGAGGUUGGAAGAACUGUUCAGGCGCUACAAGGACGAGCGGGAGGAUGCAAUCUUGGAGGAAGGCAUGGAGCGCUUUUGCAAUGACCUAUGUGUUGAUCCUACGGAAUUUCGAGUGCUGCUCUUGGCUUGGAAGUUCCAGGCUGCUACCAUGUGCAAAUUCACCAGGAAGGAGUUUUUUGAUGGCUGUAAAGCAAUAAGUGCAGACAGCAUUGAUGGGAUCUGUGCACGGUUCCCUAGCCUCUUAAUAGAAGCCAAACAAGAAGAUAAAUUCAAGGAUCUCUACCGGUUUACAUUUCAGUUUGGCCUGGACUCUGAAGAAGGGCAGCGAUCACUGCAUCGUGAAAUAGCCAUUGCCCUGUGGAAACUAGUAUUUACCCAGAACAACCCUCCUGUAUUGGACCAAUGGCUAAAUUUCCUAACAGAGAACCCUUCGGGAAUCAAGGGCAUCUCCCGGGACACUUGGAACAUGUUUCUUAACUUCACUCAGGUGAUUGGCCCCGACCUCAGCAACUACAGUGAAGAUGAGGCCUGGCCGAGUCUCUUUGAUACCUUUGUGGAGUGGGAAAUGGAGAGAAGGAAAAGAGAUGCAGAAGGGAGAGGUGCACUCAGCUCAGGGCCCGAAGGCUUGUGUCCAGAGGAGCAGCACUGAGGAUCUGCCUGCUGCCCUGCAGCCAAGUGAGGAAUUGGACCUUUCUGGAAAUUACUGAAGAUCCGGAUAUUUUCUACUUUACACCUUUCUCUGCCUUGUAUUUGAAAGGGCUCUAAAAUGCUGUAUCAUGUUU